CAGCACUGCAAUAAAAUGAAAAUUCUCUUUCCAGGUCCUGGAACAGCGUGGGCCUGUCACAGGGAAUCACAGAGUAACAGAGGGAAGUACCCUGGGGCUGAAGCAGUUGUGUGUCCAUUUACUCGACCUCAUCCAGCCUUAUGGAGAAUGGUUUUUGGACUCAGCGUGCUCUACUUCCUCUUCCUGGUCUUCCUCCUCUUCCUGAACUUCGAGCAGGUGAAAUCCAUAAUGUACUGGCUAGACCCAAAUCUCCGCUACGCCACGAGGGAAGCGGACAUCAUGGAGUAUGCUGUGAACUGCCAUGUUAUCACCUGGGAGAGGAUUAUCAGCCAUUUCGAUAUAUUUGCAUUUGGACAUUUCUGGGGCUGGGCCAUGAAGGCCUUACUGAUCCGCAGUUAUGGUCUCUGCUGGACCAUCAGCAUCACCUGGGAGCUAACUGAGCUUUUCUUCAUGCAUCUCCUGCCCAAUUUCGCUGAGUGCUGGUGGGACCAGGUGGUCCUGGACAUCCUGCUGUGCAACGGCGGCGGCAUCUGGCUGGGCAUGGUCGUCUGCCGGUUCUUAGAGAUGAGGACCUACCACUGGGCCAGCUUCAGGGACAUCCACACCACCACUGGGAAAAUCAAAAGAGCCGUGCUGCAGUUCACUCCUGCCAGCUGGACCUACGUUCGAUGGUUCGACCCCAAGUCUUCAUUUCAGAGAGUGGCUGGAAUAUACCUUUUCAUGAUCAUCUGGCAGCUGACUGAGUUGAACACCUUCUUCUUGAAACAUAUCUUUGUGUUCCAAGCCGGUCAUCCACUGAGUUGGUGUAGGAUUCUCUUUAUUGGCGGCAUCACGGCGCCCACAGUGAGACAGUACUACGCUUACCUCACCGACACGCAGUGCAAGCGCGUGGGGACCCAGUGCUGGGUGUUUGGGGUCAUUGCUUUCCUGGAAGCUAUUGUUUGCAUAAAAUUUGGACAAGAUCUCUUCUCUAAGACACAGAUACUCUAUGUUGUGCUUUGGCUUCUUUGCGUGGCUUUCACCACCUUCCUGUGUCUGUACGGCAUGGUGUGGUACGCGGAGCACUGCGGUCACCGGGGAAAGACCUUCUCCGAGUGUGAAGACGGCAACUACAGCCCAGAUAUUUCCUGGCCUCACGGGAAAGGGACAAAAGGUUCUGAAGACAGGCAUCCAGGCAACAACGAGAGCCAUUCUUCCAGAAGAAGAAACCGACAUUCCAAGUCAAAAGUCACCAACGGCGUUGGAAAGAAAUGAAGACCUGGUUAAUCCGCGUGUUCCGGAGAGUGCCUAGGACUGAGGGAAGCGGAACCAUUGCACCUCCCGCGAGGAGGUCGACACGGACAGUGCGGACGGGAGGAGGAGAGGGGACUCGGGGGGUGUGUCAUCAUCUGAGGGUGCAGUCUUUCCCACAGACACGGCCACAGCAGGCAGACACUGCCUGGGGCCCUUUGCCAAGGCGGGUCUCUUUAAGGUCAGCACUUGGCAUGCGGUCACCAGUAGCAAGCAGGACGUGUUCGAAGGAAAAGGUCGCUGUCCUCACAGCUGCCAAGAGCCGUGUGCGCUGGCGAGUCCUGUGGGCACGGGAAACUCUUCCCUCGCCUGGGCGUUAGCCAUAGAGCUGUGCACGGCCCCAGGCGUUAGGAAUCUGCCUUUCCAUUCGAUUGGUUUACACUCAGGCCGCUUGUCUGUAUUUUAUUUUGUUGUUAUUUGUUUUUAAGUCAGGAUGCUUAACCACCUUCAGAAGCCACUGCUGGAGCUGAACUGGGGAGGCCCCCUCUCUUGUAGACAAAGGAAAAGGAGGGCUUUUGUGUUACUGUGCAGCCAACCUCAUCCCCCUUUACAGCCUGAACCCACCCAGCAGGUGUGAACCAGUCUGAGGAGAGGUUAGCCGCCUACGCAGGAGCCUGGGCUUCAGAUCAGAACCGGUUUUGUCCCAGUCGGACCCUCACUGUCCACACUCGCCCACAGUGCACUCCGCGGCCCUGCUGGAGGGGCUGCGCUCGCCCCGCCCACAGCCAGGUGCCUUUACAUGUGUUUCCUUCCUUCCGUGGCGUGUUGCUGACAUUGUCUUUUGCUCCCUGUGAGGUGCUGUGAGUGUGCCCUUCUCCACGCCAUGCUCCAGAAUGUUCACCCCACAGCUCCUCGCCUCUGGCGGCUCCUGUUUCCAGUCAAACAGUCCACAUUAAAGCCUGUCCAAGACCCGUC